UAUAAAAGCGAAGCGAUAACUUCCAGUUCAAUACUACCUGAUAACAUUAUCCAGAUCCAUCCUCAAGUGCAACAUUGAAUGAAGUUCAUCUCACUCACCACUAUGAUUAGUAUGUCUGCCGCAGUACUGGCGGACAUCCUGACAGACCCCAGCGGGGGGCCAUGCGCCCAGCCAGGAAAGCUUGAGUGCGGAACACUCACGGGUUAUAACGAUGGCCUGCCGUUUAUAUUUUGGUGCUUGCCAACUACCCAGACUAUCGUAGUCUUGGGCGAUUGCUCCUGUCCUUCAUGCUGUACUGUCAUCAAAGGAGGUAUGGGUCCCGGAUCGUACUCCUCUUGCACAUAAGAGGCAUGCUUCUUGCUUGCCGUGUCAAAUAGUGUCAUAGUGAUACGUUAACACCGGAGUAGGACAACCAAGACAUGUGAGGAGGACAAUGAAACGAUGAUACAUACCUUUCUCCGACACAGUUUGCGGUGUCCAACCUUUACUAAAUAACGUCAGUCGAAUCGUAACAUGGUUUUUGAAA